GCUCUUAUUGGGGUGUCAGGUGUGUUGUAUGCAGAUUUGAUUUAAUCUCUAUAUUCUCAUAUGGAAGAACAUUCAACUGUUUACAGAGGAGGAGCAGAUGACAAGAGGUUGAGUCACACUGGGAGGAAACAGUAGAGCUAGGAAUUGAAGCUAGGUCUGUGACUUAGAGCCGGGACUCUUACCAUUGUGCUCAGGGACACUGCAGAGGGAGAGGGCUGAAGACUCUCCUGGGGUCCCCCACACUGGGCAAGGAGAGGACCCUAGAAAGGAUCAGGAGGCCCAGGAGGAAAGUGCUUGUGUCACCAGAGGAGACUGUGGCUUUGACCCUUAGGGCUUCCCUCAGGUGCCCAGUCUCCUACGUGGAACAGUCGGAAGCAACCCCUGAAUCUCCCACAGUGAAUGUGGGCAAGGCAAAUUCAGACGAAGUGGGGGAGGGGCCAGCCUGGGUCCCGCCCUCAACCAUUGUGGCAGAAUUAGAAAGCAUUGCGAGCCAAUCAGGACGUAGCAUGUAAAUGAGCAAGCCGUGCUGACGUGGGCCAACUCCAGAGCUCCCUGGAGUGGGAGGCUAUAUUGCCUGGCACUGAGCGAGGCACGGACUCUGGUGAGCGGGUCGGCUCUGAGCCAGGGGCAGACAACAGGGCUUCCGGGGUCUAGGAGGAGGGAGGGUCGGAAACAUCCAGGCCCAGAGAUGGUCAGAGAUAGUAUGCGGACAUCCUUGGGGACCUCAGCCCCGACGACUCUGGACACGGACCGUGCGCAGACACCCAGGGAAUUCCGAGCAGAGGAAGGGCCCGACAUGUGAAGGACGUGGGGUGAGGGGAGCGAGGAACCUGCGGAUCCCGGGAUUGCUGACACAGUAGCUGACAGACGAAGGGAGAGUCGUACUCAUUGAGGCCUAGGGAGACCCUCACACCAUCUCCCCGCCCGGCGCAGAGAGGAAUCCGUGGCUGUGCUGCGGAACCAGAGAGAGAGGAGGCCGACAGCGAUUCACCCUCACCAUGACCAGUUGCCGCCAUCACUCAGGAUACUUGGCAGACGAUGAGGCCGGCCACACCACUUACGUGGCCCGGGUAAGUCCGCCUAAGAAGCCACUGUUCCUGGAAAUGGGACAAGUCUCCAAGCUGGGCCACAUGCCACACCCACCAUCGAGGUACACUCUCACAGACAGUUCAGGGCUCCGUGGCCACCAACAAAACUCAAGGGACCCUCGGCCCUUUGGUAGCUUCCUGGAUUUCCUUGUCAAAGGCCAGGUGCUGGACAGCCUACAGACGGUGGUGGAGGAGGCCACUGAGCGCAUGACCACCGUGAAGACAGAGGCUGGAGUGCCACUGGUGGAGGUGCAGGACCCAAUAGAGGUACCAAGGGGUAGGCGGCGGGUACGUGCCCAGCCUAGCCUCAGUACCAUGCACCGGCACCGUGUCCGGCCCAGCCUCUGCACUGGAUGUCCCAACAACUACCCAUCCUGCUCCAGCUCCAUGUCUGACUCCCAUAGCAGCCUCACAGCUGGCUGGCUGGGAUCCCACAGCCAGGACAGUGACCUGGGCACCCGUGGCAUGGGCUCACUGCCACCCAUGAGGGACAAACUUUUGCUGGAGAAGAACCUCAAACGGCUGCUGAAGCUGGAGAACAGAGGGAAAGGCCUGGAUCAGUCCUGCUUCCAGAGGGACUCCCUGCUGUGGGAUUCACUGGACAGCCAUGCCAGCAGCCAGUGGACCCGGGAGCCGCCUCUGUCCUCGUUCUCAGGCCAGCUGGGCUCAAGCUCAGGCACACCUCAAACAUCAGAGCUGGGCCCUGGAGAACAGGAACUGAUCUGCCUCAAGCAAGAGUUUAAUAAGGAGAUCAAGUCAUUGUUGAGCCAGCCAGCAUCCUUUGACCUGCCUGGCUACUGUUCAUUCCGUGAGCCCCAUCGGACUCUGGACUUUCUGGCUGAGCACCAGCUCUUCCCUGCCCUGCAGAAUGUGGUCAGCCAGGCUGUGGACAAACUCCGUGGUGCCCGCCGCCAUGAUGGCUGCCCUCUCUUCCCAUCAGAAUGGGAGCCCGCAACAGAGCCCAACUCUGACUCCAUGCCAGGCUCCAAGCUAGCCACACCCACUGAUGAGGAGGAGCCCUAUGAUAUGCUACCCACCAGAACCUCCAGCCCCAAGAUGGCUCGCAGAAAGAGCACCAAGGGCAGAGGACAGGCCAAGCCCAAGGAAGGUGGUUCCCCCAUGUCCAGUGCCCAAGUGGCCACCAGAGUCAGGCUCAAGAGCCCCAGUUACAAUCUCAUGAAGAAGAAGCCACUGCCCUCCAUCUCAUCCAAGUCUACCAUAUCCCACCUCUCCAACCCCUUGUACCAGGAGCUCAUCAACUACUUGGUGGAGCAGGCUGUGUCCUUGCUCAUCUGCAAGUACAAAUUCGAGAAGAACCUUUCCAAGCAGCUAGGCUUCAUCUCAUUCCCUGUCACCGAGACGCUCGUGGACCUCCUCCUGGGCUUCAAGAAAGUGAAGGGCUCCCACAUCUGCCUGUCCUCAAAGAUCAACUGGAGCUGCCUGUUGCGCAAGCUGGAGGAGGCAGAGUGGGCCCGACAGCUGUCUAGACAAGGGUCCCAGCACGACUCCCACUGCGGCACCGCCCACCGCAGCACUGCCCACCAGGAGGCGCCCUGGAGCAACACGGAGUCCCCCUCCACGCUGCCUGAGCCGUCCACCCAAAAGAAUCAGGAGGAGGACACAGAGCCCACUCUCCACAGUGAGUUGCUGGACCCUCAGCUCCUCCCAGCUCAGGAGGAUACUACACUCGAGGAGAAGGAGCCCAAGAGCCAGGAGGAGCCCAGGCCCUUCAUGUUCACUGGCACAGACAGGGGCUCCGAUCUGUGUCAGGAAGUUGUAGACAUGGACAGUCAAGGUGAUGAGGAGGAAGAGGACGAGGACAAGAAUGAUGACUUCUUUGGGGACAAGGGCAAACCCCAGAGCUCUCCCGAGUCUCAAGUGGAGGCCGAUGUCAGCCUUGACUCCAGAGAUGUGGGCCACAGUCACGCUCCGUGAGGCCUAUGAGUUGCACCCAGUGCUUGAUUCCCUGCUCCUCCUCUUGCUCCAAUGGAGUGCUGCCCCCCCCCCCCACACCGGCCCUUGCCCUGAGCAGAGGUCAGGGUGGUCUGAAUGCCCACGAGGAGCUCUGCUGG